AAUAAAUCCUGUGGUCACACUACGCCACUGUCAAAAUAAUUUGCUCCGUCAUCCGCUGAGCAGGCGAUUUUUGAUUAAAAAAGGAUUCCCAAAUUAUUAAUAUUUCUCACAUUAUAUAUCCACUCUCGAGAAGCAAUCGCAUCAUGUUUGGCAGACAAAGCGGAUUAGGCAACUCGAACAGCUCGAAUCUUGUAGAGUUUCGCGCUGGUCGCAUGAAUACGGUCGGCAAAAUGGUUCAUCCCGAUGCACGCAAGGGACUGGUCUACAUGACCCAAAGCGACGAUGGCUUAAUGCACUUCUGCUGGAAGGAUCGCACCAGCGGCAAGGUCGAGGACGAUCUAAUCGUCUUCCCCGAUGAUUUUGAGUACAAACGCGUAGAUCAGUGCAAAACUGGUCGUGUCUAUGUGCUCAAAUUCAAGACGAGCUCACGUCGCAUGUUCUUCUGGAUGCAGGAGCCCAAGUCGGACAAGGAUGACGAGCACUGUCGUCGCAUUAACGAGCUGCUCAACAAUCCGCCAUCGGCACAUCAACGCGGUGGCGGCGGCAGCGGAAGCGAAGGAAACGAUCUGCAGUACAUGCUGAACAAUAUGUCGCAGCAGCAGCUGAUGCAGCUGUUCGGUGGAGUGGGACAGAUGGGCGGCCUCAGCUCGCUGUUGGGCCAGAUGAAUUCACGCACGCCACCAUCACGCAACGCUGCGUCCUCUGGAGGUGGCACUGCUCUGCAGACGCCCGAGAACGUGAGCCUCCCACGCCCACCGUCUGCGCCCACCAAGGGUUCCAAGUCUGGCAGCAGUCGCAGCAGCAGCAAUCAGCAGAGCGAUUCAACAGGCGGCGGCAGCGCUGCUAGUCAAGGCGGCGAUGUUGAUGCUUCUGGUAAGAAAAGUACUACAACAACUACAUCAGCAGCAACACCAACUGCAACAGCAACCACAACUGCAACCACAAGUGGCGCCUAUGCAAAUCCAUUCCAAGCCUAUUUAUCGAAUCUCUCCCCCGAACAUGGCGCAGGUCGUUCACUCAAUAUCGAUCUAUCGACGGCACUGUCGGGCGCCGAUGCCAUCAAUCAAUUGAUCGCCGAUCCGGAGCGUGUCAAAUCGCUAAUCGUCCACUUGCCCGACUCUGAGGAUGGCGACGAGGAUCGCAAGCAGCAGAUCAAGGAUCACAUCAGCUCACCGCAAUUUCAACAGGCACUCGCACAAUUCUCCAACGCUUUGCAGUCGGCACAACUCGGCCCGGUUGUGAAGCAAUUUGAGUUGUCCCCCGAAGCUGUUGCCGCUGCUUAUUCCGGAAAUCUGGAGGAGUUUGUGCGUGCGCUGGAGAAGAGUUUGCCAGCUGGUGCCACAAUGCAGGAGGGCAAGGAUGCCAAGGAAACUGCUGCGGCUGGAGAGAAGAAGGGCGAUGCAGAGCCGCAGGUCAAGGAUGAGGCUGCCACAUCUGCUGAGCAACCAGAGGAGAAGCAAAAGUAGUUUAAGCAAAUACUACGCAAACAUAAAUAUAUACCCGCAAAUCCCCAUUUGAAAUGAAACUAUAAUUUUUCACUUACUCCAAAAUAAACUAAUUGGCCAUGCAAA